AAAAAACUGACUCUGAAGCUGAAGGGCGUCGGGCGCGAUGGCUAAUGCCUCCCCAGACCUGGACAACGCGGAAGCCCAGCGCCAGCUCAACAACAACAACCGACCAAUCAGCUCUGGGUUCUGGGAGACGGAGUGUACCAGCUCCAAGCUGUUCGAGUGCUCCCGCAUCAAGGCCCUGGCAGACGAACGAGAUGCGGUGCAGAAAAAGACUUUUACCAAGUGGGUUAACUCCCAUCUGGCCAGAGUGUCCUGUCGUAUAUCUGACCUCUACAACGACCUGAGAGAUGGAUACAUGCUCACCAGACUGCUGGAGGUCCUCAGUGGAGAGCUGCUGCCGAGGCCUACUCGGGGUCGUAUGCGGAUCCACUGCCUGGAAAAUGUUGACAAAGCUCUGCAGUUCCUCAAAGAACAGAGGGUUCACCUGGAAAAUGUUGGUUCCCAUGACAUUGUGGAUGGGAACCAUCGCCUCACCCUGGGCCUUAUGUGGACCAUCAUUCUACGCUUCCAGAUCCAAGUGAUCAAAAUAGAGACAGAAGACAACAGAGAAACCCGCUCUGCUAAGGAUGCCCUACUGCUCUGGUGCCAGAUGAAGACCGCAGGGUACCCUGAGGUCAACAUUCAGAACUUUACCACCUGCUGGAGAGACGGCCUUGCCUUCAAUGCCCUCAUACACAGACACAGACCUGACCUGAUAGAGUUCCACAAGCUGACGCGGUCCAAUGCAACCCAUAACCUCCAGCAAGCCUUCAACAUCGCUGAGCAGCACCUCGGCCUCACCAAACUCCUGGACCCUGAAGAUGUGAACACAGAGAACCCUGAUGAAAAGUCCAUCAUCACUUAUGUGGUCUCCUACUACCACUACUUCUCAAAGAUGAAGGCUCUUAUCGUGGAGGGCAAGAGGGUUGGCAAGGUACUAGACAACUGUAUUGAGGCAGAGAAAAUCAUCAACCGGUAUGAGGCUCUGGCGUCAGACCUGCUGGACUGGAUCGAAAAGACCAUCGCGGUCAUCAGCAACCAGAAGUUUGCCAACUCACUGACAGGAGUCCAGCAGCAGCUACAGGCCUUCACCACCUACUGCACUAUAGAGAAGCCAAUCAAAUUUCAGGAGAAGGGAAAUCUCGAGGUCCUUCUCUUCACAAUCCAAAGCAAACUUAGAGCCAACAACCAGAAACCAUACGUGCCUCAUGAUGGGAAGCUCAUCUCAGACAUCAACAAGGCCUGGGAGAGGCUGGAGAAGGCUGAGCAUGAGAGGGGUGUUGCUCUGCGCAAGGAGCUGAUACGUCAGGAGAAGCUAGAGUUGCUGGCUCAGCGCUUUGACCACAAAACCACCAUGAGACAAGCCUGGCUCAAUGAAAACCAGAGACUUGUAUCACAGGACAACUUUGGCUAUGACCUACCAGCGGUCGAGGCAGCAAUGAAGAAACACGAGGCCAUCGAGGCAGACAUAGCCUCGUAUGAAGAGCGAAUUGGAGUGGUGGUUGAACUUGCAGCAGAGAUGGAGGCAGAAGGAUACUAUGACAUCCGACGUAUCUUGGCACGCAAGGAGAACAUCCUGGGGCAGUGGGGUCUGCUGAAGGAGCUGGUGGCAGGGAGGAGGACCCGUUUGGAGAAGAACCUGGCCCUGCAGAAGACUUUUCAGGACAUGGUCUACAUGAUCGACUGGAUGGAGGACACACAGGUCCAGCUGCUGUCAAAGGACUUUGGGAAGCAUCUUCUGGAGGUGGAUGACCUGCUGCAGAAACACAGCCUGCAGGAAGCCGACAUUGCAGUGCAGGCUGAGAGGGUCGAGACACUCAACACAGCUGCACUCAAAUUCACCACAAUAGAGGGUUACCAACCGUGUGACCCACAGGUGAUCUGUAACCGCGUCAACCACGUCUCUUCCUGUCUGGAGGAGCUGAAACAACUGGCAGCUAAAAGGCGUGCUGAGCUUGAGGAGUCGAGACAGCUGUGGGCCUUUUUUCAGGAACUGGAGGAGUCAGAGGCCUGGAUCAGGGAGAAGAGCUCCAUCCUGGGAGCUCAGGGUUAUGGGAAGGACCUCAGCAGUGUGCUGAGGUUACUACAAAAACACAAGACUCUGGCUGGAGAACUGCUCGCCCAUCGGUCACUGCUGCAGAACACCAUGAAGCGAGGAAAACAGAUCCUGAGUGAGAAGAGCUUCGGCACUGCAGGGAUCCAGGAGCGCAUCAUGGAAGUGAAGGGCGAGUGGAAGCGACUGGAGGACCAGGCAGCGCAGCGUCUUGGCCACCUGCAGGAGGCACUCAACUUUUUUCAGUUCUCCACGGAGACAGACGACUUGGUGGCAUGGCUGCAGGACGCUUACCGCCUGGUCUCCAGCGAAGACUUCGGACAUGAUGAGUACUCCACUCAGUCACUGCUGAAGAAACACAGAGGGGUCAGCGAGGCCAUCGACAAACAUCGUCUUCAUGUGGUGACGCUGCGCAAACACAUGGUGGGGCUGCCCCUGCAGUACCGUGAUCAAGAGGAGGUGCAGGUUCGCAUGGGAGAGGUGGAGCAGCUGUAUACCGAGGUGGCUGAGGUGGCGGUGCUCAGACAGCAGUGGCUUCAUGAUGCCCUCGCUGUCUACCGCAUGUUCAGUGAGGUCAACGCCUGCGAGCUGUGGAUUGAUGAGAAGGAGCAGUGGCUGGACAAGAUGGAGAUCCCUGAGAGACUGGAGGACGUGGAGGUGGUGGCACACAGGUUUGAGAGUCUGGACCAGGAAAUGAACAGCCUGAUGGGAAGGAUCCUGGAUGUUAAUCAGAUAGUUCAGCAGCUCCUGGAUGGAGGUCACCCGUCUUCUACAGAGGUCCGAGGUUGUCAGGAUCACCUCAACUCCAGGUGGAACAGCAUCGUGGAGUUGGUGGAGCAGAAGAAAGAUCAGCUGGACUCAAUGUUACGUCUGCAGAACUACCUGCUGGAGUGCGCCGAGAUCAAGUCCCAGAUCCAGGACAAGAGAAAAGCCAUCGACGCCACCCAGUACGUAGGCAGCGAUCUGGGAGGAGUCCUCGCUCUGCAAAGACGCCUUUCCACCAUGGAGGGAGCCUUGUCUGUCCUGGAGCCCAAACUACUGCAUCUGCAGGAGGAGGCAGAGCAUCUGGCCACCGUUCACACAGGUCGGGCCAUGGAGGUUCUUGUGCCGUUUGAUGGCAUCAGUGUGGAGUGGGAGGAGCUGAAACGCACCCUGCAGGGCUGUGAAGACUCACUGAUGGUGGCUAGCAGGCUGCAAAGCUUCAUACAGGAUCUGGACUCAUUCCUUACCUGGUUGGUCCAGACGCAGACAGCUGCAGCCUCAGACCAGCUGCCCAACGACCUGGAGGAGGCAGAGAGACUGAUCAACAAACAUGCUGCCCUCAAGGAGGAGAUAGGACGGUAUGAAGAGGACUAUGAGCGCCUGCAGGCCAUGAACGAGCUGCUUGAGUCCGAGGAGGCUCCCCUACCCCAGGCCGCCUUGCAGCAGUGGCUCCAGAAGCUCGAUGUCGGCUGGAACAAACUGCUAGAGAUGUGGGAGAGCAGGAGAGAAGUUCUGGUCCAGGCUCACAUUUUCCAUCUGUUUCUGCGAGACGUUAAACAGGCGGAGUCCUUCCUCAAUAACCAGGAAUCUGCCCUUGCUCAUGUGGAGUUGCCCACCACGGUGGAAACGGUUGAGGCCGCCAUAAAGAAACACAAGGACUUUACCACCACCAUGGAGCUGAACCUGCACAGGAUCAAAGCUGUGAUCGAGGCUGGAGAGAGUCUGAUCAGUCAGAGCAACAUCUACUCUGAACGCAUCAGGGAACGCAUCGACACCCUCGCCAACAGGGGAAACCAGAACAGAGAGCUGGCCCAGCAGUGGCUGGAAAAACUGAACGAUCAGUGGGAACUUCAGAGGUUUCUCCAGGACUGUCAUGAGCUGGGGGACUGGGUGUAUGAGAAGAUGCUGAUGGCGAGGGACAGCAGCCGAGACGAGACCCAGAAGCUUCAUAAGAAAUGGCUGAAACACCAGGCCUUCAUGGCCGAGUUGGCCCAGAAUAAGGAAUGGCUGGACAAAAUUGAAAAGGAGGGCCAGCAGCUGAUCCAGGAGAAGCCAGAGCUCAGCCCUGUGGUUCGUAAAAAGCUGGAGGAGAUCAGGGAGUGCUGGCAGGAUCUGGAGAGCACCACCCAGGCCAAAGCCCGCCAGCUCUUCGAGGCCAACAAAGCCGACCUGCUGGUACAAAGCUACGAAAGCCUGGACCAGAGACUGGGACAGCUGGAGGGUCAACUGGCCUACGUGGACCAGGGACAAGAUCUCACCACUGUCAACAAGCAGCUCAAAAAACUACAGACCAUGGAGACCCAGAUGGAGGAGUGGUAUAAGGAGGUGGGGCAGCUCCAGGUGCAGGCAGCCUCCAUCCCACAGCAGACACAGGUCAAGGAGACGGUUGCAGAGCGUCAGGCCGCCGUGGAGGCCAGGAUGGUGCGUCUAAUCGAGCCGCUGAAGGAGAGACGACGCAUCCUGCUGGCAUCUAAGGAAGUCCAUCAAGUCGGACGAGACCUGGAGGACGAGAUUUUGUGGGUCCAGGAGCGUCUCCCGAUGGCCAUGUCUCAGGAGCACGGCUCCACUUUGCAGGCCGUCCAGCAGCUCAUGAAGAAGAAUCAGACACUUCAGAGGGAGCUGCAGGGCCACAGGAGCAGGAUCGAGGACGUCUUGGAGAGGGCGGGGAUCAUCGCCUCCAUACGCAGUCCCGAGGCCGACUGUGUCAGGGCCGGCCAUGACCAGCUGGCCCACCUGUGGGCUCUGCUCUGGGCUGAGACUGAGAGGAGGCAACUGGUCCUGGACGCCAUGUACCAGGCUCAGCAGUACUACUUUGACACGGCUGAAGUAGAGGCAUGGCUGAGCGAGCAGGAGCUGCACAUGAUGAACGAGGAGAAGGGGAAGGAUGAGCCGAGUACACUGCAGCUGCUGAAGAAACACUUGGUCCUGGAACAGACCAUCGAGGACUAUGCUGAGACCAUCGGCCUGCUGUCACAGCAGUGUCGACAGCUGCUGGAGAUGGGACAUCCUGACUGUGAGCAAAUCAGCAAGCGUCAGUCACAGAUCGACCGUCUGUACGUGUCUCUGAAGGACCUGGUGGAGGAGAGGAAGAGCCGUCUGGAGCAGCAGUACUGGCUCUACCAGCUCAACAGAGAGGUGGAUGAGCUGGAGCAGUGGAUUGCUCAGAGGGAGGUGGUUGCCAGCUCGCCCGAACUGGGUCAAGACUAUGAGCAUGUCACAGUCCUGCAGGAGAAGUUCACAGAAUUUGCUUCAGAGACGGGCAGUGUGGGACAGGAACGAGUGACAGCUGUCAACCAGAUGGUGGACGAGCUCAUCGACUAUGGCCACUCGGAGGCUGCCACCAUUGCCGAAUGGAAGGAUGGGGUGAACGAGGCCUGGGCCGACCUACUGGAGCUCAUGGAGACCAGAGCACAGAUGCUUGCCGCCUCACACCAGCUGCACAAGUUCUUCUCCGACUGCAGAGAGGUCCUGACUCAGAUUGAGGACAAACAUCGAAGACUGCCAGAAGUUCGGGCUCGGCAGGGCAGCACUGCCAAUACCAGCACCCUACAGAGACUGCUGCACAGCUUCGAACAGGACAUACAGUUGCUGGUCACGCAGGUGCGUCAGCUACAGGAGAGUGCAGCCCAGCUAAGGACGGUGUAUGCCGGCGAGAAGGCCGAAGCCAUCGCGUGCCGUGAGCACGAAGUGAUGCAGUGCUGGAAAGAGCUGCUAACAUCCUGUGAGGAAUGUCGCUUGCAAAUCACCACCGAGACAGACAAGCUGAGGUUCUUCGGCAUGGUCCGAGAUCAGAUCAUGUGGAUGGACUCGAUCAUCUGUCAGAUAGGGACAGGAGAGAAGCCCAGGGACGUGUCCUCAGUGGAGGUGCUGAUGAAUUAUCACCAGAGUCUGAAGAGCGAAGUGGAGGCUCGCAACAGGAGCACACUGGAGUGUAUCGAGAUGGGAAAGACCCUGCUGGCUGCUAGAAACCCUGCGGCUGAAGAGAUCAAGGAGAAGCUGGACAAGGUGGUUGCUAAGCAACUUGAGCUGUCUGAGAAGUGGGACAGGCACUGGGAAGUCCUACAGCAAUUGUUGGAGGUUCACCAGUUUGCACAGGACGCCGUGGUGGCGGAGGCUUGGCUGACCGCUCAGGAGCCGUUUAUUAGCAGCAGUGAGCUGGGCGCGAGUGUAGAUGAGGUCGAACAGCUGAUUCGUCGACAUGAAGCCUUCCGCAAAGCUGCCGCCACCUGGGAGGAGCGAUUCAGCUCACUGCGACGACUCACCACGGUAGAGAAGUUGAAAGCAGAGCAAAGUAAACUACCCCCAACCCCUCUGCUGGGUCGUAAAGUCUUCCUGGACCCCCAAGACGCCUGUCCCAGUGCAUCCACCCUCCCCCGCCUCCCGAUAUCCCCUGUUAUGAGGCAGACCAUCUAUGAACAGAAUGAAGCUAGCUCUCCUCCCUCACCCUCGCCUGCCACCCCUACACCCUCUCCGUCUUCUGUGGUUCGUCGGCUGGGGUCAACAGUUGCCAACUACACCCCUGUAAUGAAUGGCUCCAGCUACCGCCACACCCUGGAGGCACGGCAGGGCAGCGUGGUGGGUGUGGCUGCAGGACUAGGCCAGCCCGCACCUUCUUCGAUUGCAUCUAUUGCCACGGCAGCCAUGCUAGUCUCAGCCAACCAGGUACGAGAAAACGCCAGCACGGUGAGAGACCAGGCAACGAAGGCAAUGAGUCACCUGCAGCCAGUGCAGGCAGCAAGGGAAGUGGAGGUGAAAUCAUCCCCGUAUCUAAGGCAACCUAAAAUCAAACACAUGGAUGACGCAGUGACGCCUCUGCUUGUAGCCAGCAGGCUGGAGAAGGUGAGAGAAAGGGGUAGGGAGAGAGAGAUGAUGAUGGGAGAGAUAGGGACAGAGAGAGCAGAGGUGGCGGUGAUGGCCGAGGUGGUACUCCAGGAGCCGAGAGAGCGUCUGCACAGCGAGCCCACCAGAGGGCCUCGGGGAUCCAGGACUGACCCAUUGGGCCACGCUGAGCCCCAGGUCCAGACGCACACUUACCACAGGGACCACAGGAUAGAACGGCAGCUGUCCAGCGAGCAGCUGAUCCAAGCACGCAGGGACGAGCUGCCUCAGGAGGUGUGGAGGGAACAGGCCGAGAGGCGGGAGAGACGGACACUGGAGAGACAAACGUCCAGCGAGCAGGAGGGCCACGGGAGCCACGAGGGCCGGCGGAGGGAGAGGGACCGACACCGGCUGGAAAGACAGGAAUCCAGUGAGCAUGACACCGGGAAGGAGCACUCAGACAGACGCUCAGGAGGAGGAGAAAAGAGAUCCACCCUGGCAGAAAUUGUAGAGCAGCUGCAAGAAAGAGAAGCAGCACAGGCCCGUGGUGAGGUGCCCCGCCUCCCUAAUGGGUUACCAGAGAAGUCUUCCCGUCCCGACCGGCCUCGAGCUCGGGACAGACCCAAACCACGGCGCCGACCACGACCCAAAGAACCAGGAGAGACGACGCGGCGGUCGAGGUCCGCUCCGGCUCAGAGCAGCCCAGCAGUGCCCCAGCCGCCAACACACACCGCACACCAUGAGGGCUUCCUUUUCCGCAAGCUGGACAUCGAGAGUCUGAAGAAAAGCACCAACAGCAGGUCAUGGGUCAACCUGUACUGCGUGCUAAACAAAGGGGAGAUGGGUUUCUACAAGGACGCCAAGAACACCACCACGCCCUACAACAACGAGCCGCUGCUCAACCUCUCCCACUGCCACUGCGACGUCACCAACGGCUACAAGAAGAAGAAGAACGUCUUCACGCUCAAAACGAAGGACGGCAGCGAGUUUUUGUUUCAUGCUAAAGAUGAGGAGGACCUCAAAGCGUGGGUGAACAACAUCACCGCCAGUAUUACAGAGCACGAGGAGAUUGCCAAAUGGGGUCAGCCCCAACCAACUACCUCAUCCACCGACGAGGGUACGCGCCGCGACGGCAGCAAGGCGGACAACAGGUCAGAGCGAGGCGGCGAGCGCUCAGACCGGGCCGAGCGAAUCGAGAGGGCAGACAAAGAAAGGGAGAAAGAGAGGGAGAAGGAGAAGGAGAGGGAGAGAGGCGAACGGUCGGAGAGGUCGGAUCGCGGUGGGAAGUCGGACGCGAAGCGCUCAGAAAAGUCCGGUAAGAAAAAGUGA